AUGCUGGAAGAGCUGAAGGGAGGAGUAGCGAGGCUGGAUCCUCCUGGCAAUAACGAGGCGGAGGUGCUCACUGUGGACAGAAGUCAGAAGUCAUCAGCCACCGUGACCUGGAGAUUCAAUUGGAAUCAGGCCAAACAGAAGCAAAAAUGUCUGCAGAGCAAGUACGUGGAGGUUGGGGGCAAGGACUGCAGGCUGCUGGUGUAUCCCUUCGGAGACACACAGGCGCUGCCAGGCUAUGUGUCGUUCUACCUGCAGCUGCAGGACCCGACAACUGCAGCCAGCAACCGCUGGGACUGCUUUGCAUCCUACAAGCUCUCGGUGCUCAACCAGGUCAGCAACGACUUGGACCUGUCCCGAGAGAGCUGGCACAGGUUCUCUUCGCGGCCCGCGCGGCAGCAGACGCGACCACUCUCCUCCAGCAGCCAUGGCUGGGCGGACUUUGCUUCCGCUGCCCAGAUCCAGGAUCCCAAGGCCGGCUUUUUAGUGAAUGGCUUUGUGACGGUUUCGGCAACAGUCUUGGUGCUGGAGGAGACAGUGCAGCUCACCAGGGAUGGCGACUCCAGCUCUGAUAACCUCAGCGGGAAGUUCACGUGGAGGGUGAAGAACUUUGAGCUGUUCCGGGACAUGAUCAAGGUGCAGAAGAUCAUGUCUCCUCCCUUUGCAGCCGGGGACUGCAGCCUGCGCAUCAGCGUCUAUCAGUCCCCUGUGAACAAUUCAGAGCACCUCAGCCUCUGCCUGGAAAGCAAGGACACGGAUAGCUCUGGGGGAGCGGACACAGAGCGCACAUGCUGGUGCCUGUUCCGGCUGACAGUGCUGAGCCAGAAGGAGGGCGGCAAGCACUUCAAUAGGGAGUCCUACGGCCGCUUCUCCACGGAUCUGAAGCAGACUGACAGCGCCUCGCUCGGCUGGAACGACUUCCUUGCUAUGGAUACCUUCACAGACACCUCACAGGGCUACAUGCAGGACGGCUCAGCAGUGUUUCAGGCGGCCUUCCAGGGCAUCAAGGAGACGGCCAGCUUCUACCGUGGCUGCCCCAUCAAGGAGCUCGGCUUCUUUGGCCGCCAGGCGCCGCGGCGGCUCGGCGGCGUGGCCGCCGGCAAGGCCGCAAAGGCGGCGCUGGCCGGGACGGCGGCCACGGACAGCUACCAGGCCACGUUUGUGUGGCGCAUCGAGCACUUCAUGCGCCUGAAGGACCUGCUGAAGAAGCGCAAGAUCACCGGGCUCUGCGUCAAGUCCAGGCGCUUCUCUGUCGGCGGGUGCACCUGCCGCCUCAUCGUGUACCCGCGAGGGCAGUCACAGCCGCCGCGGCACCUGUCCAUGUUCCUGGAGGUCAGCGACAAGGAGGCAACCGCUGACUGGUCCUGCUUUGUCAGCCACCGCCUCGUCAUCGUCAACCAGCGGGAUGAGACGCGCAGCCUGGUGAAGGAGAGCCAGAAUCGGUACAUGAAGGCAGCGAAGGACUGGGGCUGGCGCGAGUUUGUCACCCUGCACACGCUGUUUGAUGCGGACGCCGGCUACCUGCAAAAUGACGACUGCGUUUUCGCAGCCGAGGUGCUCAUGCUGCGGGAGAGCUCCGAGGCGAAGCAGGUGCCGGUCGAGGACAUGAUGAUGGGCGUGACUGCGCUGGCGCUGCCACCGCCGCCAGCUGAGGUGGCCGUGGAUGAGAGCACUGUGCGUGGCACCAAAGUGCGCUUCACCUGGCGCCUGGACAACUUUGCCGCCUUCCGGACCAUCCUGGAGACCCGCAAGGUCUUCAGCAGGUUCUUCACGGCGGAGGGGUGCAAGCUGCGGCUGGGCACGUACACGAGCUACAACACGAUGUGCACGUACCUGGAGUCGGACAGUGCCGCCGCGGCCGGCCAGGAGCGCAACUUCUGGGUGAAGAGCCGCGUGGCAGUUCUCAACCAGCGCCACCCCGAGCGCACACAGUGGAAGGAGUCCGCCAUCUGCACCAAGACCUGGAACAACUCCGUGCUGCAGCUCGUGCAGAUUGACGAGCUGAUGAAUCCGGAGGCAGGCUACCUGGUGAAGGAGGGCCUGGUGCUGUGCGUGGAGGUUCUGGAGUGCUGCCCCUGGUUUGAGUUUGCAGACCUUGAGAAGUACGCGUCCGAUGAGGAGGCGGGCGCUUCCCUGUCAGACAGCGAGGAGAGCGGUUCAGUGUCGGACGCCUCCGAGUGCAGCAGCAGCGUGGCAGACACUGCCGAACCCUUCUGGACCCGGAUGGGCCGCACCAGCCUCGGCGUCGGGCCGGAACAGCCACCACUGAGCCUGGAGGGAGCGCGCUCGCUGCAGGCGCUGCUGGCUGACCAGCUGAAGGACGAUGAUGAUGCAGUGGACGCCUAUGUGGCAGGGCUCUGCGCCUACAUGGACAGCCCCAGCAGGGUGAAGCGGCUGCUGCUGCCGCUGCAAGGUCAGGACAGCGAUGCCCCGCAGCGGCUGUGCCUGCUGGACUUCCUGUGCACGGUGGUGCCCCUGCGCGACAGCGUGGUCCGCCUCGUCCUCGACAAGAUGAUCCAGUGCUGCAGCCCCGAAGGCCUCCCCGGCCUGGCCGUCUCAUCCGCGCUCCCGGCCCGGCCGCCCAAACAUGCCGCACGUGCCCCCGAUGCCGCGGCAGCAUCGGGUUUGGACGGAACGGCCGGCCAGCACAAGCCGAGGGGCGAGCGGCGGAGGGCGUCUGAAGCCCGCAAGGGCAACGCGCGCUCCGGUGCAGAAGGCAGCGAUGCCGCCAGGAUGCGCGCUUCCAUGCCGCCUCCUGAAGGGAACGGGCACCUGAUGCGCGACUCGCGCCGCACCGAGACCGACGCCGCCAGCUGCUCAACGGCGGUGGUUGGCGAGGAGCCAGCACUGCGGCCGGCCACGUCGCGUGCGGUGCGCAGCGCGGCGCGCUCGCUGACCGACGGCGAGCAGAGCCUCACAGCCGAGUCGGCGCUGUCCGCGGAGAUUGAGUCGGUCGACACGGACUCGGACCUUGCUGGCGUGGCCAACCUGGCCGAGGCGCUCAUGACAGACGAGCCCGCCGUGCCCCCGCCUUUUCUCUUUGGCAAACCCACCAAGCGCGCCCCGAGCGGCCAGUCGCCGACGGGCGUGGAUGCGGAGGGCGCCGAGGGGAGCUCGCAGGACGGCCUGGACGCCUCAGGAGACCCGCACGAGCGCUACAUGGACGUCGAAUGCGACAGCGGUACGUACCCAGCCGACCCGGACUUUAAUGCGCUCCUGGAGGACAUCGCCACGGGGCCGCUGCACGGCAUCGCACCGGCUGACGCCAGCAAGCCUCCGGCCGCGCCGGCCGUGGAGGCCGCAGAGGCCGGCAGCGAAGCGGCGGCCGCCGCCACCGCACAGCGCAAGAAGCCAAAGCCCAACCCCCUUCGCGGGUUUCUCUCCCGGCGGCUGCAGUUGGCGCCCCAGGCACCCGCCGCUGCCGAGCCACCGCCCACACCUGAGCCCACCGCCGUUGAAGAGCCCCCUGCAGCCCAGCCGCAGCCUCCUGUCCCGCCGCCCGCUCUUCGACAGCUGGUGGCGCCAGACCCUGAGGAGGAGCAGCCUGCAGAUCAAGUGUCUGCAAGGGAUGAAAACGAGCAGACAGCGGAGCAGGAAGAGAAAGACCUGAGCCAGGAGGAGAAGCAGCAGCAAAAGGAGGACUCCCAGGAGGUCCUUGGCAUGGCCAUGGGCUGGCUGCAGGGCAUGUACCUGGAAGGAGCCAGGGAGUGCCUCCCUGCCAAUGCGGCCUUUGAGCGCAUUGCAGCCCUUCUGCCUGGGCUGCCGGACGCAAUGAAGCCAGAGCUGCUGCUGCUGAUCCCCAGCAUGGUGGACACUGCAGAGCACAACAGCGCGGCAGAGGAGCUCCUGAAAUGCCUCUCCGGGGAAGCCGAUGCGCGCUUUUCCCUGGACGCAUCUCUGCGGCUGCAUGCCAGCGUCGCGCUGAGCAUGCUGCGCUUGAACGGCGGCGAACUGAUAGACAGGGUGUUGUCUGUUUUCUUGACGGCCCUGGAGGCUGCCAGGAGCAAGCCGGACUUGCCGCCGCUGGUCGGCCUGACGCUGCGGCUGGCGGCCAACGGCGAUGCCUCCACCUGCGUGCGGGCGGCGGCCUUUGCCUGUGACCUGGCGUCAGAGCCUCUCCUGUCAGAGACGCUGCGCAAUGCAGUGCACCAGCACAGCAGGAUUGCGGAGGCGGUCGCUGCGCACUGCCAGAAGAGGCUGCGCGCCCGCGAGACGGAUACGCCCCCGGACGACGAGUUCGGCGGCUGCGCGGCGGUUGAUGCGGACAUGUGCCUGCAACUGCUGCAGGUGCCAACAGCCCGCGGCGUCGCCUCGCAGGCCCUUCUGGCAUCGUGCGCAAGCCGGACCUUCACAAAGCAGCCCUUGACGCCGCCGCCCUCUGUCUCUGGCGUCCCUUCGCCAGCUGUCGGGCCCUGCACUCCGGCUGAGUCCCCAGAGCCAAAGCAGCUCGCCAUUGACAGCACAGAUGAGCCCAGCUGGCACAGGCUGGUGUGGCGCCACCUGAGCAGCGGCGACAGCGCAGCGGAGCCUGAGAAGGAGGCUGAGCAGCUCCUGUGGCUGGCCGACAAACUCAUCUCCUCUGCCGACGCCCCCGUCCGCGCUGCAGGCAGCCACCUGUACAUCACCGUAUGCAGGUUGUUCCCAGCGGAUGUGAGCCACGACCGGCUGCUGCGCACGCUCGUCGACCGCGCUCUGGCGCCCCCGACGCCGCAGCCGCAGCCGGCGGCUACCACCCAGCGCCCGGCGCAGAACGUGCGCAAGGGCCGGGCGGCCGCAGCGGCCCAGCAUGCGGAGCAAGCGGCAGCGCCAAAGCAGGCGGCCGUAUCGCAGGCGGCUUCGGAGGCUCUGCUGGACCUGGCAGAGGAGCCCAGCUGCGGCAGAGCUGUUCUGAAGCUCGUUCUGGAGCGCGCUGCCACCCCUGGCCGUGAGCUGGAGAGGCUGGCACAGCAGCUGCAGGCGACUCAGAAAGACCUGGAGGCCGCUCGCAGCGCCGAGGCGACCGCGCGCAGCAAGGCGGCAGCCGAGGCGAAGCAGCGCACCACUCACAAGGCUGAGGCCGACGCGGCCGCCGCCAACAUGCGCUCCGAGCACGCCGCCGAGCUCGCCCGUCUGGCCGGCAUCCGCAAAAAGCUCGAGAGCCGCUGCGAGCAGCUGGAGAGGGAGGUGGACUGGGUCAAGUCAGAGCGCGACGAGGCUCUGAAGUCGGCUGAGGGCGCGGCCACAAGGCUGAAGGAGGCCGAGACCGCUGCGACACGCGCCAAGAGCAUGCGCCGUGACGAGCUGAAGAAGGAGAAGAAGGACCGCAACUCCCUGACGCAGCGCUUUGAGGCGGCAGAGCUGGCGCGGCGCAAAGCAGAGGAGGAGCUGGGGAAGAUGCGUGCCACUUCCAGCGCCGCAGUGGACCGCGCAGAGGCGCAGUUGCGCGCGAGCCAGGAGCGUCUGCAGGCUGCCGAGACCUCCGCCAAGACACGCGAGACAGAGGCGGGCCAAUUGGCUGAACGGGUAAAGGAGCUGGAGGCUGGUCUGGCGCGCGUGCAGGCGGCGGCUGCGCAGCAGGAGAGCGUGCACACGCUGGAGAAGGAGCGCCUGGCGCCCUACUUUGGCCACGGCCUGGAGCGCCUCAGCGCGGCCGACCUGGAGGCCCUCAACAGCUUCCACUACAAGGCCAUCAACCGCCUGCGGCCCCUGCUGGGGAAGAUCCCACAGGGGCAGGACAGGAUGGCGGACGAGGAAGAGGAGGAGCAGGCAGCUGCACAGGCAGCGGCUGUUGCAGUUGCGCUGGCAGAGAGCGUGGCAGGUUCCCCCCCGGCGCGCAGCGUUUGUGCCACUCCGCCACCUCGGACCCCCUACGCCAGCAGCGGGGGGACCACCCCCCAGCACGACCGGAUGUCAGCGCGCGGCACCAACCCGCUGCGCUCGAUGGGGUCCAUAGACAGCGUCAGCUCCUUCGACUCCCUGCGCGCCCCGGCGGCCCACGCAGCCGCCGCCGAAGGUGCCGCGCCGCCUAAUGGCGUCCCGAGGUCGCCCAAUCGCUUCCCGGCUGCCGCGGGCAACGGGGGCGUUCACAUGCAGCCCACCAUGAACAGCGGCAUGAAGGAGCUGCGGCCUCCCUUCCCAGGCCGUCCUCAGCCGCUCGAUGCAGCCUCAGCCGGCAGCAAUGCGCCUGGAGGGAGGCUGGGUCCGCUGCACAGCCCUUUCAAGAUUGCGCCAGUCUCCAGGGGCCCUGUCCUCAACGGCGCGCCCUCCGCCAUCGGACCCCCCGGCGGCAAGGCCCCCGGCCAGAACGCCGCUGGCCGCAACCGCCAGAAGCGCACCAUAGUUCCCAUCCCUGCGCAUGCCAGGGCAGGAGGCGCGAUGGCAGCCACAGCAGAUGCUGAGGUGCUGGCAGCGGUGGCCACGUCAUCGGUCGCUGCGGUGCGGCCGCCGGGGGGCUCGAGUGAUCUGCGGUCCUUGGUCCGCACCAGGGCCGGAGGAGCCGGAGGCGUUCCCUCUGAGCUAUGGGGCCAGUUAAGGCAGGAGCAGGAAAGCAGCAACAGCGCCGGCACUGGUCACCCGCUGUCAGGGGCUUUCCCCACCAGCCUGUGGAGCGGUGGGGGCUACUCCAAUGGGGUCAACGGCACGCACCAGAUGUGGUAAAGCGUGCCACAUAUUUUUGCAUGCGCGAUUAGGGAAUCCAUCUCGGAAUGUGGUCGACUGCGCCAGUGGCUCAGGCAAUCUCUGGACAUGUCACGUGCUAGGACUAGGCAGAUCAUGUGUACCAACAAUGGCCCUUCACACAGGAUGGUAGAAGUUCCCGUUUCAGCGUUGUCAUGAGGCAUGCACCCUGCAGCCAGUCUCCUCAUGCACACUUUCUUGAAGUCCUGCACCGCUGUUCAUCUCUGUAUUUAUCCUUCAGAUGUGCGAGGGUGCUUCUUGUGCAAGGUGGAGCUUUGAGACCUCCUGUCGGUCACUUUUCCGGUAUGAUGGUGGGAUUUUGGGACCUCUCUGCACGUCUGCAAAUUGGUCAGCGGGUUUACAUGAUUGCACCAUGAUAUGUCCUUUGAUGUUAACAGAAAGAGCCAACUGGCAGGUGCAGAAGCAAUGACAUGGGAUAGCUUUGCUGGCCAUGGCAUGCACAGAAGGAUGCACACAUGUAAACAUUCAAAUAGUAUUACUCUUCCAUGCUGUAAUGGUGGGCAUGUAAAAGCACAGAUGGC